AUGGCGCAUCCAGGUUCCCUGGAUAGCCAGAUGCAGUCGUCUAGCACAGAACAGACUCCUGUCAAUGAAUAUGUCGAGCCUAAGGAGGAAGUUGAAUCCAUAAACUCUAGUGAUGAUUCAGAUGCCGCCUACGCGUCGAUUGUCAAGGGCAGCCAAAAUGACCCGGCGGCGACAAGCAGACGGAAUAGCGAGGCCAUGAUAACCGAUUCUGAUAGAGACGAACUCCGACGGAUCGUCACAGCCCUUUCCAGACGACAGUCCAGCUUCACGGAUGGUCUCUCGCGGACCAACACGGUUUCUGGACUUGAAGACAACGAUCCGGUGCUGGAUCCCAACAGCAAAAGCUUCGAUUUGGGCAAAUGGAUACGCAAGUUCAUGCAGCAUUUCGAAGCCGAAGGUGUCACACCAAAACGCACCGGAGUCUUGUACAGGAACUUGAAUGUCUCGGGUACCGGGUCCGCAGUUCAGUUGCAAGGGACUGUCGGCAGCAUCCUGAUGGCCCCAUUAAGACUAGGAGAGCUUCUGAGCUUUGGAAAGAAAGAACACAAGCAGAUUCUACAGAAUUUCGACGGUGUAGUCAAGAGCGGUGAGCUCCUGAUUGUACUUGGAAGACCUGGUUCAGGAUGCAGUACCCUGCUCAAAACUAUGACUGGACAGCUGCACGGCCUUGAACUAGAUCCGGCUUCCACAAUACACUAUAACGGUAUCGAUCAGAAGCAGAUGAUCAAGGAGUUUCGGGGAGAGACGAUAUACAAUCAGGAAGUCGAUAGACAUUUUCCGCAUCUCACUGUCGGUCAGACUCUUGAAUUUGCUGCCAGUGCACGCACUCCAUCCCAUAGAGUCAAAGAUAUGUCUCGUGAAGAGAUGAGCCAGCAUGUCGCAAAAGUUGUGAUGGCAGUUUUCGGUCUCAGCCAUACUUACAAUACGAAAGUUGGUGACGACUUUAUCCGCGGUGUGAGUGGAGGUGAACGAAAACGAGUCAGCAUUGCAGAAAUGGUGCUGGCUGGAUCUCCUAUGGGAGCCUGGGACAACAGCACUCGAGGUUUGGAUUCGGCAACGGCUUUGAAGUUUGUCCAAGCCUUGCGAAUGGCAUCCGAUUUCAGUGGCGCUACAAGUGCCGUAGCCAUUUACCAGGCUAGUCAAGCCAUUUACGAUGUUUUCGACAAGGCUACAGUACUUUACGAAGGGCGUCAGAUAUACUUUGGCCCCGCCUCAAAGGCUAAAGCCUUCUUCGAAAGACAAGGCUGGUUGUCACCACAGAGACAGACAACUGGAGACUUCCUUACCUCCGUAACGAACGCCUCGGAACGCAAGCCAAGAGAAGGUAUGGAAGACAAGGUUCCUCGUACACCUGAGGAUUUUGAACGAUACUGGCGAGAAUCGCCAGAAUACAAAGAGCUCCAAUCCGAAAUGGACUCAUAUGAGAAGGAAUAUCCAUUGGAGAACUCUGGUGCUGCCUCUCAGUUGAGAGAGCAGCAGCAAUACUUGCAAGCCAAGCAUGUCCGCAAAGGGUCUCCUUACACGAUCAAUACGGUCAUGCAGGUCCGACUCUGUACUCGACGAGCAUACCAACGUGUCAUGGGAGAUAAAUCGGCAACCGUCUCACAGUCUGUAAUGAAUCUGAUCCUGGCUCUCAUCAUCGGUUCUGUCUUUUUCGGUACUCCCAACGCCUCGGGUGGUUUCUUCGCCAAAGGCUCGGUUCUGUUCAUGGCUGCCCUCCUCAACGCUUUGACUGCCAUUGGUGAAAUCAAUAGUCUGUACGCGCAACGUCCGAUUGUCGAAAAACAUGCUUCGUACGCCUUCUAUCACCCUGCGACAGAGGCUGCAGCGGGAAUAGUGCUCGAUAUACCCGUCAAGUUUGUCGUCUCCACAAUUUUCAAUAUCGUCUUGUACUUCAUGGCCGGUCUGCGUGUGGAGCCGGCUCAAUUCUUCCUCUACUUCCUUAUUACAUACCUCUCGACGUUUGUAAUGAGCGCUAUUUUCAGGACCAUGGCCGCGCUUACCAAGACCGUCUCACAGGCCAUGGCUUUGUCCGGUGUUUUGGUUCUCGCUCUUGUCAUCUACACCGGCUUCGUGAUUGCUGUACCACAGAUGCAUCCCUGGUUCUCUUGGAUUAGAUGGAUCAAUCCACUAUUCUACGCUUUUGAGAUCCUUAUCGCCAACGAAUUCCACGGUCGACAGUUUGAAUGCUCGAGUUUUGUUCCUUCGUACAUGGUUGGAGACUCGUUCAUAUGCUCUAUCGUAGGUGCUGUCGCGGGUCAGACGACAGUAAGUGGCGACUCGUUCAUCGAACAAAACUACCAGUACUACUACUCCCACGUCUGGCGCAACUUCGGUAUCCUCAUCGCCUUUCUGGUCUUUUUCAUGGCGAUAUAUUUUGUCGCGGUCGAAUUCAAUUCUUCCAUGACUAGCACUGCCGAAGUUCUCGUCUUCCAGCGUGGUCGUGUCCCUGCAGCUCUCCAAAAGGGUGCAAAGCAAGCCUCACCCGAUGAGGAGAUGGCUAAUGGUGGUGAAGUCAAGGGUAACAGCGAUGCAGGCGAAGUGAAAGCAAUCGAGCCUCAGAAGGAUAUCUUCACCUGGAGAGAUGUUGUGUACGACAUUGAGGUCAAAGAUGGAAGUCGCCGCCUUCUCGACAAUGUUUCUGGUUGGGUAAAGCCCGGAACCCUGACCGCCUUGAUGGGUGUCAGCGGUGCUGGAAAGACUACUCUUUUGGAUGUGUUGGCUCAGAGGACCACUAUGGGUGUCAUUACUGGUGACAUGCUAGUCAAUGGCAAGCCCCUGGACGCCAGCUUCCAGCGCAAGACAGGUUAUGUUCAACAGCAAGAUCUACAUCUUGAGACUGCCACCGUUCGAGAGUCUCUUCGAUUCAGUGCCAUGCUACGUCAACCCAAGACCGUUUCGAAACAAGAGAAAUACGACUUUGUCGAAGAGGUCAUCGAUAUGCUCAACAUGCGCGACUUUGCUGAUGCUGUUGUGGGUGUACCUGGACAAGGAUUGAACGUUGAGCAACGCAAACUCCUGACAAUCGGAGUGGAAUUGUCGGCCAAGCCAAAACUUCUAUUGUUUCUCGACGAGCCUACCAGUGGACUGGACUCUCAAUCCUCGUGGGCAAUCUGCUCAUUCCUUCGCAAACUUGCGGAUGCAGGCCAGGCAGUCCUCUGUACCGUCCAUCAACCUUCCGCCAUCCUCUUCCAGGAGUUCGAUCGGCUUCUAUUCUUGGCCAAGGGCGGAAAAACCGUCUACUUUGGCGAGAUUGGAGAGAAUUCUCGCACACUCCUAGACUACUUUGAGUCGAAUGGGGGCCGUAAGUGCGAUGAUGAAGAGAAUCCCGCAGAAUACAUGCUCGAGAUUGUCAACAACGGUACCAACGACCAAGGCGAGGAUUGGUUUGACGUAUGGAAACAAAGUGAAAACUGCCAAGCUGUAGGCACUGAAAUCGACCGCAUCCACUCAGAAAAACAACAUGAAGCUGUCGAGGAUGACGGUGCAGACUCGCACUCCGAAUUCGCAAUGCCCUUUACCACUCAAUUGAUUGAAGUAACAUGGCGCGUCACGCAACAAUACUGGCGCAUGCCUUCGUACAUCGGCGCCAAAUUCGCGCUCGGAAUCGCUGCAGGCCUCUUCAUCGGCUUUACAUUCUACGGCGCUGAUGCCACUCAGGCGGGCAUGCAAAAUGUCAUCUUUUCCGUCUUCAUGCUCACCACAAUCUUCUCUACGCUUGUGCAGCAAAUACAGCCGCUGUUUAUCACACAGCGCGCCUUGUACGAGGUCCGUGAACGGCCGAGCAAAGCAUACUCUUGGAAAGCGUUCGUUAUUGCCAACAUCUUCAUUGAAAUCCCCUGGCAAGUCAUUGUCGCCAUCGUCACUUGGGCAUCAUACUACUACGCCGUCAUCGGCAUCCAGUCAUCUGCGCGCCAGGGUCUCGUGCUUCUCUUCGUCAUCCAGCUCUUCAUCUACGCCUCGUCCUUUGCACACAUGACCAUCGCCGCGCUCCCAGACGCCCAAACCGCCUCCGGCCUCGUCACGCUCGGAACGCUCAUGUCCACGCUCUUCUGCGGUGUCCUGCAAUCCCCCGACGCUCUGCCCGGCUUCUGGAUCUUCAUGUACCGCGUCAGCCCCUUUACCUACUGGGUCGGCGGCAUCUCCGGCACCCAACUACACGAGCGCGCAAUCGAGUGCUCGGCCGCCGAGACCUCACAGUUUGACCCUCCCGCAAACACGAGCUGUGGCGACUACAUGCGCGACUACCUCGCCGUGGCGCCCGGCUAUCUGCGCAACCCCGAGGCCAUGACCAACUGCCAAUACUGCCCGUUGAGCAACGGCGACCAGUAUCUGGCCGGCAGCAACAUCUACUACUCUGAGCGGUGGCGCGACUAUGGCAUCAUGUGGGCGUUUAUCGGGUUCAAUAUUACCAUGGCCGUGCUGACGUACUACCUGUUCCGCGUGAAGAAGUGGAAUAUGAGCGGCUUUAGUCUGCCUAAAGGCAAGGGGAAGAAGGGGAAGAAGACAAGCGAGGGCAAGGAGAAGGUGGAGGCGGGCGUCAAGGAUGGGGUGCAGAAGGCUGCUAAUCCGAUUAAUGACAAGGAGGCUGUUUGA